AUGAGGCUCAUGCCUCCGCCGGCGCUAAAAGCCCUGCGCCCCCAGUGGCCGCUCAGAGUCCCAGAGGAACCAGACUUUAAGUGGUUCUUCGGGGGGCGCGUCUUCGGCCGGAAAAAGUGCAAUCAGGGCAGGAUAUGGGUGACGUCCUUUGAGUCCUUCGUCUCCAUAGCAGACUAUACAGUGGCUAUCAUGGGAGUCUUUUAUCCCAAACUCACCAAACCUUCCAUCAAGACGAGACCCAAUGAGCAGAUACCUCUGGGAUCAAAUAUCUCCAUAGCAUGCCAGGGGGCAGAGGAUUUGGAGACUCUGACCUUCUUCCUGCUCAAAUCAGGGAGCCUGAUUGCAUCACGAACGGAAAUCUCAAAGAAAAAGACAACUGAGUUCCUCUUAUCUGGGGUGAGGCUGGAGGACGCAGGGAUCUACACCUGCAAAUAUCGCAAAGCAGAUCCUCAUCUCUGGUCUCAGGCAAGUGACCCAGUGGAGCUGGUUGUGACAGAUCCCAAACUCACCAAACCUUCCAUCAAGACGAGACCCAAUGAGCAGAUACCUCUGGGAUCAAAUAUCACCUUAGAAUGCCAGGGGGCAGAGGAUUUGGAGAGUCUGACCUUCUUCCUGCUCAAAUCAGGGAGCCUGAUUGCAUCACGAACGGAAAUCUCAAAGAAAAACACAACUGAGUUCCUCUUAUCCGGGGUGAGGCUGGAGGACGCAGGGAUCUACACCUGCAAAUAUCGCAAAGCAGAUCCUCAUCUCUGGUCUCAGGCAAGUGACCCAGUGGAGCUGGUUGUGACAGAUCCCAAACUCACCAAACCUUCCAUCAAGACGAGACCCAAUGAGCAGAUACCUCUGGGAUCAAAUAUCACCUUAGAAUGCCAGGGGGCAGAGGAUUUGGAGAGUCUGACCUUCUUCCUGCUCAAAUCAGGGAGCCUGAUUGCAUCACGAACGGAAAUCUCAAAGAAAAACACAACUGAGUUCCUCUUAUCCGGGGUGAGGCUGGAGGACGCAGGGAUCUACACCUGCAAAUAUCGCAAAGCAGAUCCUCAUCUCUGGUCUCAGGCAAGUGACCCAGUGGAGCUGGUUGUGACAGAUCCCAAACUCACCAAACCUUCCAUCAAGACGAGACCCAAUGAGCAGAUACCUCUGGGAUCAAAUAUCACCUUAGAAUGCCAGGGGGCAGAGGAUUUGGAGAGUCUGACCUUCUUCCUGCUCAAAUCAGGGAGCCUGAUUGCAUCACGAACGGAAAUCUCAAAGAAAAACACAACUGAGUUCCUCUUAUCCGGGGUGAGGCUGGAGGACGCAGGGAUCUACACCUGCAAAUAUCGCAAAGCAGAUCCUCAUCUCUGGUCUCAGGCAAGUGACCCAGUGGAGCUGGUUGUGACAGAUCCCAAACUCACCAAACCUUCCAUCAAGACGAGACCCAAUGAGCAGAUACCUCUGGGAUCAAAUAUCACCUUAGAAUGCCAGGGGGCAGAGGAUUUGGAGAGUCUGACCUUCUUCCUGCUCAAAUCAGGGAGCCUGAUUGCAUCACGAACGGAAAUCUCAAAGAAAAACACAACUGAGUUCCUUUUAUCCGGGGUGAGGCUGGAGGACGCAGGGAUCUACACCUGCAAAUACCGCAAAGCAAAUCCUCAUCUCUGGUCUCAGGCAAGUGACCCAGUGGAGCUGGUUGUGACAGCCCCUAGAACCUGA